AUGUGCACAGCAGUAACCAUAAUAUUUCUCACUACUACUAUCACCGAUGCCCCUCCAUAUAAACCAAUUCAGUGCAAGAGUCAAUACACUAAUCAUUGUCACCUCUUUGUCAAGAAGAUGUUUUUGAAAUCAACUUAUGCAAAUGUUUGGAGCAUUUGUCUGCCAAGUGCUCUGGGGUUUGUUACACUGGCCUUAACACUGCAUGAUUCAUUUUUUUCUCCCCUUGUCAUCAUCUCUGUCAAUUUAAGGAGAUGGGGUGCAUUUGAUGCACACCUCCUAGUGAAGUGUGAUGACCACUGGAUCAUGUCGCCAAACACUGACUAUGUUCCCCAACCCUUCAUCUUUGAUGGAGAAACAAUCACACCCCUACAUGAUGGAUGGUUCAGCCAUAUAGACUGUUUUCAAUGGCCACAGCUGUUUGCAGAACACUACACAUGGAGUCCAUGUGUCCCCUGGAAAGUGGCCUAUGGAGACAACCCAACAUGGAAGUGGCUGUGGUGGAACAUUACCCAGUCAGCAGAGGAUUUUGUGCUGGAAAGAGGGUCUGCCUUCAAAAUUGGAAGGAUUCAUGCUGACAAGUGGAAGUCAAUGGAGACUCAACUCCCAUUUACAUUUCAAGACACAGUCAUAUUGGUUGCUUUUUGUCAAUGCCUCCUCCUAGACAUCUUUGGCAUGCUAGAAUAUCUGUACACAGACCUUGACCCUGCUAUGGGCACUUUUGUUGAUUCAUUUGACUGCUGGAUCAGGGCAUUCAUGACAGACCCCAACAUUUGCCAGUGCCUUUUUGAAAUAUGUGUGCCUGUCUGGAUGGUCUGGAAACCUGAUCAUGUACCCCCAGACAUGCAAGCGUUGAAGACUGUCAAGAUUAUAUGCCCUCAUGACAUAGUCACAGAUCCUGAGGUUUUUGAGGUUGGGCAGAUGCUGAAAUGGCACAGUGCCUGGUACCACCCUGCAAUUGGGCUUGAGCAAUUUGCAGCUCCCUGGCUGAAACCACUGCACACCAGCAGUGGUGUGGCCUUGACUCCCACAAGCAUGGGUCCCACAGCUUCCAAUGCUGCAAGUUCCAGCAGUGCAAGUUCAAGUACAGGAGCUGUUAGGAUGGGCAGGGCUCAACAAUGUGAUCAGCCAUAUCCCCCUGCAGGCUUGAGAGGAGCCAAGCCAUUGGUUGUUCUGAAUCCUGAACUGCAGGAAGACCUCAGCGAUCCAGCUAUUCCCCCUGCUAUGUCUGCAUGGCAUGCUGCCCUGAAGGACAUGAAUAAGGAUGCAAAAAGGGUUAGUCCCAAUGCACCCAAGGUAGCUUACUUCUUUCCCAGCCCAAGUCUGUUUGUGAGGGGCAAGUCCUCUGAUCACCAGCAGAGUCCCAAGCUCAUCAGCCUCCAACACGACAUACCUAGCCAUGUACAAUUCUGGGAUAUUUCAAUUUCCCUCACAGACCUCACUACCAUUGAUCAGAUGAUGAAAAGCAAGAUUUUAUGGGAUUUAUAUGAACACAACUUCCAGUUUGAGUUGGUUGCUCUUGACCAUGUGAUGAUGCCUAGCUUGUGGUUGAAUUGGGAUUCAGAGUGGCUUGAUCAUGUCUGGCAGAUUUUCCCUGGUGAUUUGGAACUCACCAUGUGUGCUGAGCCUUUCCCUCAGCAAAAUCAAGGCCUUGGCUCAUCUGACUUUCAAUCAAAACAGGAGUACAUAGAGAAGCUCUGGGUGUUACUUGCUGUAUGGCCAGGAUGCCCCUCAGACUUGGCAGAGCCAAUUAUGCCAUUAGCAUCAUCAUCACAUGUCUGGGCAAUGGAAAAGAAGUUGGCUAUAUUUUAUGUACAGUCAUUCUUUGAUACUUUUGGUCAUCUGCCCUUUCUUCCCCACCUUAUUCCAACUGCACCACAUGGUUAUGGUUCAAAUAGUCGGUAA